AUGUCGAAAUCGACCAGUGAGGCCAAAGGCGAUGGCACAGGGUUUGUGGGUAGGGUCGAAGUAGACGGCACCGUGCCCGUGGAACGCCUCCACCUGACCCUCUCGUCCUCUAAACGCUGCAGACGCUCACUAAUCUCAGAAAUUGAGGCUUUUUGUAAGACAAGAUCGUUCGAUAUGCUCACUCAUGAUGAGGUUAUUUUGGUGCAACUUGUGCUGACAACAUCCAGGGCAGACGUCGCGAUUACUUUCAGCAUUCGUCGUGAAACAUAUUUCAAGCUCGCCUGA